AUGGAGGUGGAGGAGGAGGAAAGACGCUCUCCACACGAUCAUGUGGAUCGGUGUGUUCCCGAGAGCUUCUUUGAUCGCGUAACGCAAGGGUUACGCGACGAUCUCGAGCAUGAGCGGAAUAGGCGUCUCCAGAUGGUGGACACUGCCUCGAAGCAUCGAGCUGAGUUUGCCUUUGCUCAGCUUGAGAACGAGAGAGCUCUGACAUCUCUUCGUGACGAGCUAAGGGUAGCUCGUGGGAUUGUUGAUCGGUCUCGGGAUCAGAUAGCUGCUCUUCAGACCCUUGUUGAUGCCCACCAUCGGGAGCACAAGGCUCUCUGCGAGAUGCUUGAGCGCAAGGGCGUUCUUCAUCGGAAGAAGCAGCGUACUGAUGGUACGGCUUAA